AUGAUCGGGACGCAGAAGGUGGUGCUCGGGGGCAGGAGCGUGGGCGCGGCGCGGGUGCAGGGACGGCGGCAGGCGCGCGGGGCGCUGAAGGUCUGCGCGAAGGUCCAGCUCGGGCCUGAUGGGCGGCGCUUCAUCAAGGGGAAGGCCUUCGUCGUGAAGGACAACAUCGACACGGACCAAAUCAUCCCCGCGGAGUACCUCACGCUGGUGCCAUCCAAGCCCGACGAGUACGAGAAGCUCGGGUCGUACGCCAUGAUCGGCCUCCCGGACGCCGAGUACCCCACUAGGUACGUUGCGGACGGUUCGAUGAAGACGGAGUACCCGAUCAUGAUCGCGGGGAACAACUUCGGGUGCGGCUCGUCCCGCGAGCACGCGCCGAUCGCGAUGGGCGCGUCGGGCACGCAGGCGGUGGUGGCGCAGUCGUACGCGCGCAUCUUUUUCCGCAACUGUGUGUCGACGGGGGAGAUGUACCCGGUCGAGACGGACACGCGCGUGUGCGACAUGGUCGAGACCGGCGACGAGGUCGAGCUCGACCUCGAGGGCAACGUCAUGACCAUCGUCAAGUCGGGUCAGACUGUCAACCUCAAGGACCUCGGUGACGCAGCGCCCGUGGUGGACGCCGGCGGGAUCUUCGAGUACGCGCGGCGCACGGGAAUGAUCAAGACUGCGUGA